AUGAUUUCAUUUUGGUCUGAUAGUGGAUGUAUGAGCGAUACGUUUGACAAGUAUGUGUACCGGUUUUUAUUAGUUUUCAACGUUAUCUGAAUAGAGUUUAAAGUUUUGCUCGUAGUUUAAAUUUACUGGAUAGCUGAAUCUACACAAAUCUUUUUGUUGUUGUUGUUUUUUGUAAUGUAUUUUUGGUUUCUUCGAAAUAUAGGGGUGAAGUUAUUUAUCGCCUUAUCCUAUCUCAUUCGGACUUGACCACAGAAGAAGUAGCAAGCGGGAUGAUCGAAUGGCCUUUGCCUCCCGUUCUUCGACUAAAAACCUGGAACAAAGUUGAUGCGUCUAUUAAUGUGGAAGUGGUCAAUGAAACAGACAGGGUCACUAUCAAGGUAAGAGAGGAUAAUUAUGAAUAUAAAGGUUUUUUCAUCUUAACACUGUAUUUAUCACGGAGAAGAUGCUGGCUUUUGGUCUCACCGCAUUUUCUCUGUUGCUUCUCCAGUUUGGACAAUUCAACUUUUCGGAUACCAUCGACCUUGAAGUAACAUUUAAUCUUGAUUUACACAAAACACACGCCGACGGCAAACUCCAUGAUUUAACAACGUACGUUAUUAUCAAGUAUAACGGCUCCCUGAACACAUGCAGCUCAUUUUCUGGUUCUCGUGAAUUCACCUUUGACGGGCCAACGACGACUUCUAUCACAUAUUAUGUUCCG